CCGGGAGGCGCCUCCCGUGAUUCCGUGCGGGCGUGGAGACCCGCGAGGAGAAAAGCGGCGCGAGCUGUUCCGGGCCCGACGGCUGCCGGCUCGCGUCUCCUCGCGGGCCAGCCCCCCCCGUGUCUCCGCCGCCAUGCCUAUGAAGGGCCGCUUCCCCAUCCGCCGCACCCUGCAGUACCUGGCCCAGGGCACCGUGGUGUUCAAGGACUCGGUGAAGGUCAUGACGGUGAACUACAACACGCACGGGGAGCUGGGCGAGGGCGCCAGGAAAUUCGUGUUUUUCAACAUUCCUCAGAUCCAGUACAAGAACCCCUGGGUGCAGAUCAUGAUGUUCAAGAACAUGACCCCGACGCCCUUCCUGCGCUUCUACCUGGACUCCGGGGAGCAGGUCCUGGUGGACGUGGAGACCAAGAGCAACAAGGAGAUCGUGGAGCACGUCAGGAAGAUCCUGGGGAAGAGCGAGGUCACACCCAGGACCAGAGGCAGCACUUUCCAAUGGGCAGACAGGGCCUGGCCGCACCAGCCCCAGGAGAGGCCACCACCCGUCAGACGAGGGAGAAGCACUCUGAGGCCUCCCACGCUCAUGCAGCCUCCACUGGACAGGACAGGGGGGCAGAGCUCACCGGUGAACAAAGAUUCAUUAAAAAUGUACAUAAUAAACUCAGGAUAUCAACCGAAAUCACGUCAACUGAAAAAGGACCUAAGAGGAAUCAUGAGAAUUGCUCAUUCAAAACCAGAGAAGGCAGAGUGAGAAGCUUCUGGCAAUUAACAAAAAACAGAGUCGGAUGAUAGUGAUCCACAUAGAUCAAUAACACUAAGUGUGAGUGAUCUAACACGCCGACUGAAGCAGACCGUCAGUGGGGAGAAGAAACCCAACUAGGUGCUGCCUACAGCACCACCUAUACAUGUAAAAUAUAUAAACUUUACAUUUGACAUAUAAAACACAGACUGGAAUAAAGAGGUACCAUGUGAACGCUCAUUAAAAGGAAGGGGAAGUAACUGCGAUUUUGAACAAGGGAAAUAUCAGGCAUAAAAAGGGGCAUUUUAUAAUGGGGAAGGGAUCCAUUCUUCAAAAAGGCCUCCGUCUUCAACACGCGUGCACCUAACCAGGGAGGUUGGGUCAACACACCGAGGAACUCAGAGCAGGGCCCAGCGUGGCGGUCCAGUACCCGCCCUGCCCGCACAGGGCCCUGGGCUCGGUUCCCAGCACAACAAACAGAGAAGUAAGGGGUAACAGAAAUGACCGAACUCAAGGAGGGAUGGAAAUGAGUUCUACUU